CGUCUUCGCCUCAGAUCCCUUUUAAUUUCGCUCUAGCUGCGGCGCAGCUUGAUCUCGCCGUACCAUCUCGGUGAUUUAGCGAAGUGAAUGCGUUCGGAUGUGGGACAAGGGUAGUUUGUGGUGGAUUGAAUUGUUCGCCUUUUCAUACCAUUGGCAUGAAUUCGAAGCAGUAGUUGGUUAAAAUUGGCGGCCCCAUUAACAUGUAUUGAGAUUCGGUUACAGAGAUUUAAUCGAAGGCAUUUGGUAUAAUAGGGGAUGGUGUUAAAUGUAUUGAUUUGGCAGCAGCGUCAUAGUGGUUUUGUUUCAGUUUUGAUGCUUUAUCCAAGUUGUCAACAGAGGACUGAAUAUGCAAUGGUUUUUUUUUACCUUUUGCGGCAAUUUAGUUUUUUUAGCUAGUGUGAAUUUAACACUCUUGGCGAGUUAGAUUUUCUGUGCAUUUAGUACUGUGAAGUUAUUUCUUCAUCCAUAGAAUUGUGGAGUUUCCACACUAAGGGUGCGAUUGGUUGCCUGCUUUUACUUGGGCCAGGCUCCCCGGAUGCAGAAUCUUUUUGAUUGGUUGCCUGCACCGUUGCUCAGGCCUGCCUCUCUGGAUGCAAAAUGCCAUCGCUCAGCCAGGCUCCUGGGAAACGAGGAUGGUGGCCGUUUCCCCCGGGCCAGGGUCGCUGGAUUCGGGCAAUUUAUCAGUUAAUGACUUUAUUAGUGCAUAAUUAGUGUAUAUCUAAUAAUAUUAACAUAUUUUAAAUAAUAUUAAGGAGUAAUAAGAUGAAUAAUAUUAACAUAUUAUAAAAGAAUAGUUACGCAUAUUAAAUAUCAUAGUGAUGUUUGUUUAUCUAUAUUUUUUAUCUUACGCAACAUGUUCCCAUGCAACCAACCAAACACCAUCUCAUCUCAGCCACGCGGUACAUCCAAGCAACCAAACAUUGCAGUGUUGCAUGCGCUCAGCCUGUCCAGCGGGAGCCUGGUUCCAAGGGCUCUAUCUAUAUUCUGCUACAGAGAGUAAGCUCACUGUUGAUACCUCAAGAGGGGAAAGACUUCAUAUCAAUUUCGAUAUUACAUUCCCGGCCCUUCCUUGUUCUCUAGUUGCUGUUGAUACAAUGGAUGUCAGUGGAGAGCAACAUUAUGAUAUAAAACACGACAUAAUAAAGAAAAGAAUUGAUCAUCUUGGUAAUGUAAUUGAAUCAAGAAAAGAUGGAGUUGGUGCCCCUAAGAUUGAAAGACCAUUGCAGAAGCAUGGUGGUAGGCUUGACCACAAUGAGGUUUACUGUGGAUCUUGUUAUGGUUCUGAGGAGUCAGAUGAUCAGUGUUGCAACUCCUGUGAAGAAGUCCGUGAUGCCUAUCGGAAGAAAGGGUGGGCUCUCACCAACGUAGAAUCAAUUGAUCAGUGCAAGAGAGAGGGCUUUGUACAAAGGUUAAAAGAUGAACAAGGGGAAGGUUGUAACAUCCAUGGAUUUGUAAAUGUGAAUAAAGUAGCUGGCAACUUUCACUUUGCCCCUGGGAAAAGCUUGGACCAGUCAUUCAACUUCCUGCAAGAUCUGUUGAACCUCCAACCAGAAACUUACAAUAUCAGUCACAAGAUAAAUAAGCUGUCCUUUGGGGAAGAGUUCCCAGGUGUCAUCAAUCCUCUUGAUGGAGUUGAGUGGUCACAAGAUAACUCCAAUGGGUUGACAGGGAUGUACCAGUAUUUUGUGAAGGUUGUUCCUACAAUCUACACAGAUAUUAGGGGGCGGAAGAUUUACUCAAAUCAGUUUUCUGUGACGGAGCACUUCAGAGAGGCAAUUGGCUAUCCUAGGCCUCCACCUGGUGUAUAUUUCUUCUACGAAUUUUCACCAAUUAAGGUUGAUUUUACUGAAGAAAAUACAUCGCUUCUUCACUUCCUGACGAACAUAUGUGCUAUUGUUGGAGGUAUUUUCACGGUUGCUGGCAUCAUCGAUUCUUUCGUCUACCAUGGUCAUCACGCCAUCAAGAAGAAGAUGGAGCUCGGAAAGCUUGGAUAAUUCCGAUUUAUAGCGGAGUCUCUAGGACCAUAGUAAAAACGAGUUAACUCAUGCCUCAAAAAGUUGUUUGGCGAUGAUAAUUAUGGAGGAAUUUUGUUCAGCUGUAAUACAUCUGUAAUCACUUAAGACUUGCUAACUUCUUCAGACCUAGAGCUUCACGUUUAAGCCAUUUCCUUUGUUGGCGCAGAGAGGUCGGCAGUUUACCCCCAUUCUUGAUCUAAAGAUGUGUAAGCAGCUGCAUCACUGCCAAGUGCGAACCAAUGUUUAUGUCAUACUACAUGUCAAUCCCACAGCAACAUGCUCAUAGCGCUGUUAAAAUU